AUGUCGGAAGGAAAUGAUGAUGAUCCGGUGCAGACAAGCUCCGAACAAAUGAAAGAAAUGAUUACCGAAGAAGUGGAAAAGGCAAUUGAUGGUAGUCUAUCCGGGUUUAUAGACAAAAUCCAAAGCACAUUGUUGUCACUUGUAGAAGAGCGAGUUAAAAGGUUGGAAGACAGUGUCAACCUUAUGAAGGAGAAAUCGGGAGAACGGGUGUUUGAAAGGACCCAUUGUGAUGAAAGCGACUUUGUUGCUUACGGAACGGGUCAGUUGAGAGGUCAAGCCAAAGAUUGGUGGGACAACAAAAAGAAUGAAAUAGGAGCCGAGGCGGCGAAAACCAUGACAUGGGAGGAGUUUAAGACUCCGUUUCUUAAACAUCAUAGCCCUAAGGCGGUCAUUAAUAAAAUCAAGGAAGAGUUCAUGCAGCUGAGGCACAAGGGCGAGACCAUAGACAAGAUUACGGCGAUGUUUAUGGAUAAAAUAAAGUUUAGUAGUGAGUUGGUAACGAAUGAAGAACAGAAAAUAUACUACUAUUAUGACAUGUUGAGCGCCGAAUAUAGGGAGUUUAUGACUCCUUCAAAAUACGAGACCCUUACCGAAAUCAUAAACGUUGCUCGGGAACGAGAAAUCGAGUUGAAGAAACAAGUUGAAAGGGGUGAGCAAAGGGCGCAAGAUGUGAACCCAAGCCCUACAAAGAAAGCUCGAACUGGAGAGUCAGGAAAGAAAGUGGAUGCUAAAGGCGGGUCGCCAAGCUGCAAACUAUGUGGAAAAGGACACAAGGGAGAGUGUCGGUUCAAAGACAAGUCGUGCCCAAUAUGCAGUAAAACGGGGCACACGGUGUCUCUAUGCCCGGGUAAAGUUUCAGUUUGUUACAAAUACUAUCAGCCCGGUCACAAAAAGUCUGAAUGCCCGGAAUUGGUUGGGAAGAGAGACACAAAGGAGUCUCCAACGGAAGCUCCAAAGGCAAAGGCUAGAUCCUUCCAACUUACUGCGGCUGAAGCAAAAACAGAACCCGAUGUGGUCUCAGAAGUUGAAAUAGGGGACAACAAAAGCUUUAUAGUUUGUGAUAUUUGUCGAGGCUGUAAAUUAAAUAUUGAUGAUGAAGAAUAUUUGAUAGACCUAAUCCCGAUGUCAAUGGGAGAGUUUCAAAUAGUUGUUGGGAUGGAUUGGCUAUCUCAGCACCACGCAAAGAUCGUGUGUUUUCGUAAGGAGAUAAAGCUAACAUCUCCUAGCGGAAAACACGUUACAAUCUAUGGCGAAAAGGGAGGCAACCCUACAAUAUGCUCGAUGAUAAAGGCUCACAAGCUCAUCAGACAUGGGUGUAAAGCAUUUAUGAUAUACGCGAACGAGCCCGAGAAAGAAUUACCAAAGAUUGGAGACGUACCCGUAGUGCGUGACUUUGAAGAUGUAUUUCCGGAUGAUCUACCGGGAAUGCCGCCCGAGCGGGAGGUGGAAAAAGCGGACUAUGUCCCAAUACGAGUAAGGUCAAUGCAACUUGUGGUGACCUCGGGUAUACUUGAACGUAUCCGAGAGGCGCAAGUAGAAGCGGUUAAGGAGGAGAAUUGGAAGAAGGAAAGAAUAAUCGGCCAGUUAAAAGACUUGUCGGAUGGAAAGAACGGGUUGAAGACUCGAUCCGGAAGAAUAUGGGUUCCAAAUACUUGUGGAGUGAAGGCGCUACUACUUAAUGAGGCCCAUAAAUCCUGA